CCACUCCCCAAUCCAUAUAUACCAACAACUAACUCUCGUAGAUCAUCAAAUUGUCUCCAACGUACUCUGUCUCUUGUGUCUAUUACUACCUGAGAUACUAAACACAGUUCUCCUUUUGUGGGUUCUCCUUUGACUCUCUUUUUCUCCCUUUUUCUUUCUUAUUCUUCCUUUUUUUUUCUCUCGUGAAUUAUUAUUAUCACUCCUCAGUAAACUGUCGGUGGGUGCAAGCAAGCAUCCUAUGACAAGUUAACACUCAAUGCUUCCUUCCACCAGUUUAGGCUAGUUUUCUUUUCUUUUUGACUUUAAUUAUCUAAACGUUAUGAUAUGAACACUUUUCUAUGCUCCACCUCUGUUUUUAAUCAGCACAUAAGUUGAUUAUGUUUGUAUUUUCAUCUUACACUUUACUUACUUACCCAGAAAAAUAUAUAUCAUGGAUCACAAGUCAUGGCUUUGGAGGAAAAAAUCAUCUGAGAAGACAAUUUUGGCAGCUAAUAAAGUUGGUAAUCCUGAGGUGCAAAAGAUUCCAACAGAAAAAGGAGUUGGAUCUGAAACUGGUAAAACUCUGAAUGAGAAGUUAGCUUUAGUCAUACUAGAUUCUCAUGUUGAACAUAAUCUUGUGGCGAAAAACGCGAAAAUAACUCAAGAAACCAUGAAAGGCCAAGAGCAGGUUGAGCCUCUAAAGCAGGAGCCAGAUGAAGCUUUGAAGAAGGGAGUGGCUGCUAAUGAAAGAUUCAGUAAUUCAGAUGCUGCACAUAGAGAAUGCAAACGGCAAUUAAUCUUUGUCGAAGAGGAGAUUGAGAAAAAGAUACAUGACGCGGUGAUAUUGGCGUCGAGAGAAUAUGAGAAGGCUCAGAAGAAGUUAGAGGAGAAAUUAGCAAAGGCAAGUAAACAGCUCACAGAUAUAGCUGUUGAGAAUUCUAACCUUACCAAGGCUCUUCUUGUGAAAGAAAAAGUUGUUGAAGAUUUGAACAGACACAAGUCUCAAUCUGAUGCAGAGUUUAGUGCAUUGAUGGCUAGACUAGAUUCUACUGAGAAGGAAAAUGCUUUUCUGAAAUAUGAGUUUCACAUGGUUGAAAAAGAGCUGCAGAUUCGUAACGAAGAAAUGGAGUAUUAUCGCCAGUCUGCUGAUGUAUUACAGGAGCAAAAUUUAGAGUGUGUGAAGAGAAUCACAAUGUUAGAACAAGAAUGCCAAAAACUACGCUCUCCUAUGCGAAAGCGUCUUCCUGGUCCUCUCGGUUUGUCUAGGAAUAUGAAGAGUGAAGUUCAAGUGAAUGGAAGAAACCAGACAGAGAUGAUGAGAAGAAGAAAGCUUAGUCCUACAAAAGAUUUGAUUGUUAGAGAUGCUUCCAUAGAUAAUUCCUCAGAAAUUAUGAGCAAGGAUGUGCAUUUCGUGUGUGAAAGAUUGCGGUUUGUUGAAGAAGAAAAUGAAGCCCUUAAAAAGAUUUUAAACAUGAAGAGUCCUGAACACAAUUUGUCAAGAGCCAUACAUACAGAAACAGCUUCCAAAGGCCAGAAAUCAAUGGAGCUGUCAAAAUCUAAUCCUUUAGCAAAGAAACUUUUUGUGUCCACAGAUUUUGACAUGAAAAGUGAAAAUGGAUUCAGAUCUUCUGGAUCUUGGGCUAGUGCUCUAAUUUCUGAAUUGGAACAAUUCAAAAAUGGGAAACUUGGAGAUCCACCAAACCGCAAAGCCUUUGAAGGUUCAGACAUUAGCUUAAUGGAUGAUUUUGUUGAAAUGGAGAAAUUGGCAAUAGUUUCUGCUGACACACUAACUCAUGGGGAUCUGGUUCCGGUUGCAGAAGCUCUCUCCCAUUGUGCUGAGAGGAACAUGGAGCAGCACAAAGAUGAUGACAAAUCCUUUGACUGGCUUCAGGUUGUUCUCAAUGCAAUGAUUGAUCAAAAACAUGUUUCCAAAAGAAGUCUAGAAGAGCUACUUGAUGAUAUCAAGUUUUCUGUUGGUUAUAUUAACCGGCCAACUAACCAUCAACCAAAGUCUAGGACUCCAACAGAAACUGAUCUUUGGAAUUCACCAAAAAGAUCAACAGUCCUAAAUUCUUUGACUGGAGCUCUGAGUGUCGAAACCUCAGCUGAGGUAGGCGGGAACCAGCACAUUCAGCGUAAUCUGAGUAAAUCAAUCUGCAAAAUCAUUAAGCUAAUUCAAGACACCAGUCCAGGAUCUGUAAUUGGGAACUGUUCUCCUGAUAAACCUUCAGCUGACUACUACAUUCAUGUUUUUCAAUGGAAAUGGUCAGAACUAAAUGCUAUGCUACAAAGGUUUAUCAACACCUGUGAUGAUCUGCUGAAUGGGAAUGCCCGUGUUGAAGAUUUUGCAGAAGAGGCAGCAUCGACUUUAGACUGGAUUUUGAAUAACUAUGUGGCCCCCAAGGAGGCUGCAAGUGCAAGGGACAAAAUCAAGAAGCAUUUCGGUUUGGAUGAUACACAAGGUGAAAAUGAUGAGCAAGUAUGUCUACCAAGUGGGGAAUCGCAAGGCGUUGGAUCUGAAAAACACUCAUUGGGUUGGCCCUUGGUUGCUUUUGGAGAAGGACAACAAGCUUUGAUCAAAGUGGAUAACAUUCCUUCGACGUUACAAGAAGAAAACAACAAAUUGAGAAAUGAACUCGAGAAUAUUAUAUCUGUAAAGAAUGAGAUGGAAGUUAUGCUACAUUCAGCGAAAGAAAGAAGUGAAGCGUUGAUGAAACAGCUCCAAGAAUCGCAACAAAGAGUGGGAAGCUUGCAAGCCGAACUGGAGACUAUGAAAGAAACGAAAGGGUCAAUUGAAGACGAGAUUGAAAAUGAGAAGUUGAUUAGUGAAGACCUUGAUACUCAACUCAGUGUUGCCAAAGCUAAACUGAAUCAAGUUUACCAAAAGGUCUCAUCUUUAGAGGUUGAAUUAGAGGACAAACGUAACUGUUGUGAAGAGUUAGAAGCAACAUGUCUUGAGCUUCAACUCCAACUUGAAAGUGAUGCAACAAAAGAAACUACAGAUUUCAAAAACCAAGAGGAAAAACAAUCUCAAAAUGAUUGGGAGAUCACAACAGCUUCAGCAAAGUUGGCAGAGUGCCAAGAAACAAUUGUCAACCUGGGAAAACAGCUGAAAGCACUGGCUUCGCCGAGGGAAGCAGCACUCUUAGAUAAGGUAUUCUCCACCACGAGUGAAACGCCCGUAGCCAACAAAGAUAAGAGGUUAAGCAAGCGAUCCUCGCUACGUGAUAAAAUGCUGGCCGAGGAUGAUGUUAAAGCUGAGGUUGUCAGUUCUCAAAAUGUCAAAGAAAUGUCAAGCAAUGUGGAAACCGAUGAAAAGCCAUCUCAAUCAGAUAGCAUGAAUGCAAUCGAUUCUCCUAGUGUCCCGGCACAUACUACAUUAGCAUGUCAUAGCUCAAGUUGCAAAAUCAGUAACAAUGCAGCUGGGGCUUUGGCUAUUGUGCCAAGCAAGAAGAAGGGAGGUUUUGAUUUGCUGCGGAAGCUUCUGCGAAGGAGAAAGAAGGGACAGAGUCACAAAUCUCGGUUUCCAGCAAAAGUUUGACUAACAGAUUAGAACAAAAAAAUAAAAAUUAAAGAAAGAAGAGUUACAUUGCCAUGGAGGCAAUGAGAAAAGGAAGCUCAUUUGAGUUGUUCUUGAUUAACUGUGGUGUCUCAUUUUAGAGACAGAAAGAGAGAGAGAGUGUGUGUGCUAUGAUUCUGUAAACAUGGGUGGUGAUGUGUAUAUGUAUAUUUGUUGUUUUGAAAAGAAAAGAAAUUGAGUUGAGAACCAGAAA